CGGCCAGUCCGCCCCGCGAGCCGCGCCGCCGCCAGAGCAUGGCGGACAUCGACAACGUGGAUAUCGAGGAGGUGCAGGUGGCCAGCAUCCUCGCGCUGGAGCCGUUCGACGGCAUGUGCGAGGCCAUGACGGACACCAGCGACCUUCUGGACGGCCUCGCCGACCUGGACGGCCACGGCUCCGACUCGGACGAAACGCUGGUCGGCUCCCCUGACUACUCCGCCAUCUUCCCCAUGGACGGCCUGGAGGCCUCCCUCGAGGAUGCGCACCACGACGUGUGCUUCCACGACAGUAGCUUGCCCGACGGCAGUUUCCCCGACAGCAGGCUGGGCUCGAAUUCUGUUAACACCAAGGAAUACCGAGAGGGAAAUUCCGGUGAACGAUUCCAAGUUCCUCUGCGAAGUUCCGAUGAUGGUCCUCAGUGCGAGCAGUCAAUCGGGUGGCAAUCAACCUUGUAAAGUGGUCAAUGAAGUCAAGAAUUUUAUAUCGAAGACAAGGUGUUUUAAAACCAGC